CUUAAACCUCUUAGAUCCCCAUGACUUCUGCAACCUGGGACAUCCUAAAUGAACUUGUCUAAUAGUCUUGGAUUGCUGGGAAUGGAAGUAUACCCAUCAACAACAAAACUCCUCUGAACCUCAUGAUUUCUUCAGAAUCUGUUGCAAAAUUAAUCACUAAAUGCAUUCGACUUCAUGUGGUGCACUAGAAGUUGAGAUAGAUGAUCACUGAAUAGUCAAAAUAAAAGUAAAAAAAAAAAAAAGUGCUUUAUCUUGACGGUACCCACAUAAAAAUUAAAAUGUUGAAAAUGCUUUGAGCAGGUUAUAUGCUCAGUGUAUUAAGUUAAUAGAAGUAAGUGAUCUCAAAGAAAAUAUUGUGGGAAUUUCAUAAGGAUUUAUCUAAAUAUUUGUCUGCAUGCUUUUCCAGAAUAUAAUGAAGAGCCUCCUGAAACUCUGUAGUGAUGUUAUAUGCUGAAAUUAAGAGGAAACUGUGGAUGAUAUCCAAUAAUUGUAAAAAGUUAUUGCUCACAUUUAGAUAUGUUUGAUUUGUAAUGCACCAGCUAUGAGUUCAUUGAGGAAUGGCAGUAAGUCUAGUGACAUUCAUUCUAUACCUCAUUAUAAAAGCCAGGAAAAAGAUAAAGCUGUGUUAAGAAACAAAGCAGUCUCUCUAAGCUGUGCAAGCAGUACAAUUAAGGCUGCGGUAUAUAAAGGCAACAAAAGUCUACCCAGCUGUAAACUUAAAAGCAAACCUAAUUAUGCAGUAAUGGAGGGGUCUUCUAGCCCUAGGAUUAAUGAUAAUUUUCAAAGUAGCAUUGAAAAGGUUAACAUAUUUGGCCCUGAUAAAGUAUUACUCGUAAAAGUACUGGAUGACAAAAAUGAAAAGGAGAGUUUGAAGGGAAAGCUUGAAGACCAGCACUAUUCAUUUGAAUCUUUUGGAAACAAAAUAGUAAAGUUAACUUCAUCAAGAAGAAUUAAGGAAGAAAAGACCUUCAGUGAUUCUAGGUUAGGAAAGAGAGAGUCAGACAUAGUGUUUGAGAAGUCCUUUGUUCAUACCAGAUGUCAUAAGCCUAAAUAUGUUGUAUCCAGUUUAAAUAACUUAGCAGUUUCUGAAAAUGUUUCCACUCAGGACUUUGAAAAAUGGAAUCCAAAUCCAGUAAAUAAGGUAUUUAACUUGACAAAUUCAUUAGCACAAUCUAAAGAUGAUACAUAUCAGGUUAAAUACUUAGAAGAUGGCUGCUGUAGCAUUAAAAAGGUGCAGGAAAGUCCUGAAUUAUUUAAAACUAAUCAGCAAGACACUAGUUCACAAGUAUACAAACCCAGUGUUGGUAAACAACAUAGCUGUAAUAAUAAUCAAAAGAAUAUCCAGAGAUCUAGUGAAAAAAGUAGUAAUUCACUGAAUGGCUGUUUUUCAUCAGUAGAUGAUAACGACUGUAUUGAAGAUCUGUUAAGGGAUCUGUGCUACAAUCAAGGUAUGGAAGAAAUUCCACUUCUGAUGAUGAAUGUUUGUUUCCUUCUAUGGAUGAAGAUUCCACAUUUUCAAAUUCUAGUAACACAGCAGAUAAAUGUCAGCUGCAAAAUUGUUGUCAAUCAGUUAAAUCUGUUAGUGCAAGUAACACUAAUAAUGGGCUGCCAGAGGACAGUAGAGCAAAAUGAUCACAAGUUGAAGUUUUUAGAGCAAAUAGAUAUACCAGAGCACUUCUCUGUUGUAGAUGAUCCUGUUAAUUUAAUUAAUGGAAAGAAAAAUAUUCAUAGUAGUAUUCUGUCUGUCAUUUCAUGCUCAGAAAAAAUGCACAUUAAAACAUGUGUAAUGAAAAAAGAUCAAAUAGAUAAGACAGACAAAUGUAUACUUAUAAAUAAUAUGGGAGUAUCGACAGAAAGUGCCUCUGAAGGAGCAAGGACUUCUUGUAGCCAUGCUAGUAAUGUAGUAUGGAGCCUCCAGACACCAAAACCAUCAGUUGUGUCCCAUUUUAGUUCACCUACUCGCCAUAAAGAAAUUUAUACUAACAAAAUGUAUUUGGAUAAUGGAAAUAGCAAUUAUUGUAAUUUGCCAGAUAUUUCUGUAACCUUGGAAGGUUGUAGCUUACCACUUAAUGAAAGUACAAAUGAAAAAUGUAUUGAUGAUUUGCUCAAACAUUAUAUAGACAAAGAAGUAAAUGCAGAUACAGUUCAAGGGAGAUUAGUCGAAAAGUCUUACAAGGCUGAUGAUAGCUUUUCUUCAAGUAUUUUAGGAUUUGACCAAGAAAACAAAAUUAUGACAAAAUUGGAAAAUGAAUUAUGCUCAGAAAAAGUAUUAGAAGUUGCAAAAAAUGAAGUGCAUUCCAAUUGCCACAGUCUUUCUACUUCUAAAGUAUUAUCAAUGCCUGAGCUCUCAUCAGAAGGUUUAUCUGCUGGACAUUCAGACGAGCUCUUGUUAAAUGUCUUGACAUCUGAUAUUAAUUCUGAUGUUAAUAAUACAACUUCUAUGCUGGAGAAAGAUGUAAAUAAUCAUGUAUAUAUAUCUAAGAGUGGAAAAUCUGAUGAAUUGAUGCUACCUUCAAAUAAACCUAGUAGUAUGUCAGAGCAUUUUGAUUCAAAAAAUGUUGAUAAUUCUAAUGAAAUUAAUAACUUAUUGGAUUCAUUUUUUCAAGAGGUUGAGCAGUGUGGCAUUGAAGUUGAUAAUAGUAACAAAUCGUGUGUAUAUUCUUCGAUUGCUGGAAAUAUAUCUGCUACAAACACUGACUGCAGUUUAGGACUUCUGGCAGAUACCACAAAUUCUGAAACAUUAAUAGAUGAUAUAUUUAAAACUCUAGAUACUGGUUCCUUUACUUCAACUGCUAAAACAGAUGAAUUAGGAAAUGUAAUUAAGCACACUGUUGCAGUAGCAAAGAAGGAAGUUGUCUCUUGUGGAAUACUUGAUGCAUUGCCAAAAUCAUCUGGUAGUCUCCCUAGAGAUCCUGAAGUUGCUAACAAAUCUGAGAAUGCAAAAUCUAAAUUAGAAGGUAAUAAAGUUAAAAGAACUGUAUCAUUUAAGACUCGACCAGCUAACAGACCUAUUAAAUGUGUUGUCCAUGGACAAGUAGUAGAAAAUAAAUUACAGAAACAGCAUAGGCCACUACGCUUUGUUCUUGAUAAAGAUAGACGACUGCAGAAUCAGGAUGGUUCAACUUCUUGGCCUAGGAGAGAAGAAUUCAAUCCUGAACAGUUUAAUAGAGAGAGAAAUAUGCAUAAUUACAAGAGAAGACAUAAAGUGGAAAACAGUAAUGAUAUUGGCUCACAAUUAAAGCCUAUCUCUACUAUGGCUCCUACACCCAUUUUUGCAAACAGUAUAGCUGCAUCAGUUACUAAAUUUGUGGUCCCAUAUAAUACAGUUGAAUCUUCAAAAUUUGUUUUGCCUGUUGGAAGAACAGGUUUGAGCAUAUCUAUUCCAAAAAAUGCACCAACAAGUAUUGCAUCAUUCUUGCCACCAGUAGCUACAAAAUGUGGCAUACCUUCAACCAGACCUGCACACAUUCUUCCCUCUACAAACAAAAGUUUCUCACAGGAUAAAGUUGUCACAAUCACAAGUUCAGUUAAAUCUCAAACACCUUCCCUGGUAACUAAUAUUCCACAACAGGGAAAUACUGUUAUUUUUUCCCAGGAUGCAGGAAAACUCGUUCCCACCACAGUUAUAACCCAGCCAAUGUAUCAAGUAACUAUUCCUCAAACCUCGCCCAUGGAGUCAGUUUACAUGAUGGUCCCAGCAAGUUCAAGUACACAGUUUGUAUCAAGGUCUGGUCCACCUUCAUUGGUUUCUACCAUAUUACCAUGGCAGACAUCAGGACAGUUUUGUGCAACUAAUCCUGUAAAUUCAGGUAAAAUUAGCAGUUGUACUGGGAAAUCACCAGUCACAAAAUAUUGUCUGAAAAGUUACGUUCAUCCAGAUGCUUCCAAAAGUGCUCAGAUGAAGUCUGCCUCAUUUCUAACAGCAAAGGUUCCUGUCAUUUUUAACACUAAUACAUCGGGACCAGUUAAAAUAUUAAUUAACACCAAGUCCAAUAUUGUCAGUAAUAUAAAAAAUAAUGUAAGAUCACAAGACAAUAGAGAUAGCAAUGUUGAACUAACUAGUGAGCAGAACUGCAAAUCUGAAUAUGUCCAUAGUCUUCGACAAAGGCUAUUAAAAAAAAAGCCAUAUCCUGAUUUCAUUCAAAAAAAGUUAACUUACCUCCUCAGGGAUGAAUUAAAAUCACAUUUGCCAGGUAUGCCUGAAACUAUUCUCAAACUACUUGAUCUUCCACCACAGGCACUUCGUCGUGGUUACUUUGUUGUUAGAGACUUGAAAGCUCUACGAACCGAAGCAUUAAGACUUCAUUUAGGUGUUAUUUAUAGAGAGCAUGUUAAAGUGUGCACAGUUAACAACUGUCAAACGUGCUUUGAUUUUCUCCAGCGAAAAGAGAGGCUCUCGCUGGCACGAAAAGAGCAAUCUACAAGUUCAAAGUUUCAAGGCAGGAGGACCAGCCUUGGAAAGGGGCGUACAAGAGGCAGGGGUCGUAAGAGAAGGGGUGGACGGGCAGGUGGAACAAAUGACAACGAUCCCAGUUAUGAACCACCUCAAAGUUUUUUUAACAAUUCAAAGAGGAAAUUUGAGGAUAACCAAGAUAAAGUACUAAAAAUAGCCAAAUCAGGUAAUUCUGUUGAGAAGUAUAACAGUGUACCAGAAUUGGUUAACGAAAUUCAGAUCAUGGAUAAUCACUCAUUCAGAAUUAAAAUAAAAAGAUCAUAUUCUGAAUCAGACAUUCACACACUAACUGAGAUGACCUCCCUUAAAGUUGACAGGCCUCGUAGUUGUGACGAUUCCUACCUCGUGCUUUACCACACUCUCAAAGAUUCAUGCAGAUGCCAAAAUUUAGGAUGGUUUGGAAAUUUUCUAAAAGAACAAGAAAAUAAAAUUACAAAACAAAUUCAAGUAUGCAGUCAUGGAACCAAGGUUGAAAAAAGGGAAAGUUUUACUGAGAACAUGUUGAAAACUGCAACCUAUGAUUUACUCUUGAAAAAACAACUAGAAAAAGAUUAUAUACCUUUCUCUGAGACCAAUGGAGGCGAACAAAAGCAGCAGCAGCAGCAGAGUAGUGGCGUCUGUCUAAAGCCAUUGUCCCUUAAACUUCAGUCCUUAGAAAUUGGCCCUUUAAUUAUUGCUGCCAAAUACAGCAUCUUCUACCCCAAACUGCAUGUAAUUUAUUCUGCAAGGAAAAUGGUUUAUGAAUUUGUGAUCUGGCCACAUCAUGUGAAAGAUAAAGAACAAACAGUGGUAGAGCCACCAGUUGAAAACCCCCUGCAUCUCUUGCUUACUAUUGAUGUGCCCUUCAAAAGCCUCCAUGCAAUUUCAGUUAAUUUUAACAAGAUGUGAAGUUGCUGAGAAGAAUUCAAUCUGACGAGGACCAGGCAGAACUUCAAAGGGAACUGGACAGGCUGCAGGCCUGGCCAGCAACUGGCUCUGGGAGUUCAACUCCACCAAGUGCGAAGUCACGAAAAUUGGGGAAGGGCAAAGAAGACUGUAGAUAGAGUACAGUCUAGGGGGCCAGAGACUACAAACCUCACUCGAGGAAAAGGAUCUUGGGGCGAGUAUAACACCAGGCACAUCUCCUGAGGCACAUAUCAACCUAAUAACUGCUGCAGCAUACGGGUGCCUAGCAAACCUAAGAACAGCAUUCCAACAUCUCGGUAAAGAAUCAUUCAGGACCCUGUACACCAUUCACGUUAGGCCUAUAUUGGAGUA